GAAACAAGUAUAUUGGAUGCAUUUUUCAACCCGUCUUGUAGAAUUAAAACGCAAAAUGGGUUUAGUCACAGGAGAAUCUCUAAAAAGAAUACAGCGACAACACAAAACAAUUGACGAAUACAUCAGGGAGAAUUCAAAUAUAAUCCUACACAGCUUCAGAGAUGUAGAAUUGCUUGUCCGGAAAUGUGCAUUCCAUAUGUUUAAACUUUUACUGCAUUAUUUCCCUUCAGUUUUUGUUCAUGAUUUUUAUCUACGAGCGACAUUCUGGCAGCUCUUUGAUAGUACUCCAACUAUGCGCAUUUUAGCUAUUCAGUUUUACUCUUCAAUGCUGGCCAACAGUAGAUUUAAUACUAGAUUGGAUGUGUACUCAAGAAAGUGUAUUCCAGAACUUUGUAAACUGACAAGAGAUGAGAAUCCAAAGGUCACUGUGGAGGCAAUUAAAGCUCUGAAGUUAAUCACAAGGUAUUUUGUUAGUAUUAGAUCUAUAUGUAAUAUUGCAUGUCUGUUCUCUGACACAUUGAGAAACUUAUGAAGAUAACAUAAAAAA